AUGUGCGUGCGCACUCCCAUAGUGCGCUGCACCUGGGGGCUGACCCCCCUCCCACCCACUCCCCUCCCCUACACCCUCUCUCUAUAUCUAUCUCCUGAAAAUGAAUUCCGAGGAGAGCUGCUGAAUCAGAGGUGGACUAGGGGAGAGAGGAUCAGCAGUUGUGAAACGGCAAAGAGCCUGGGCCAGAGCAGACAUAUCAAAAUGAGCCUUGACACUGAUGAGAAGAGAACACGCACAAGAUCCAAGGGAGUGAAAGUACCAACAGAGCUUGUAGGACAAGAUUUAAGCUGCCCAACCCCAGGAUGCAAUGGCUCAGGUCAUAACAGUGGAAAAUAUGCAAGACACAGAAGCGCGCUGAGCUGCCCCUUGGCCCGGAAGAGGAAGCUCCAGGAGACGGAGACGGAGCAGGACCAGCCCACGUCGAAGAGGAAGUCCUACCCGCUGAAGCUGGCUCUGGAUGAGGGAUACAACAUGGACAGCGACGGCAGCAGCGAGGAGACGGAAGCCAAGGAGGACUCUGCCGAGGAGUCGGAGGAGGCUCAGGAGGAGCAGCAGGAGGUGCCAGAGGAGAAGGAGAAGACCAGAGAGACACAGAGUACAGCCGAGCCUGCAGAUGAAGAAUGUUUGGUAGUGGACUCGGGAAGCACUGUAAGAUCAAAAGAAGGCGAGCCGUCGCCCAAAUCCAUGCCUAUUCCUGCCACUCAGAAGGAGGACUACACCAGCUACCAUGAGAUGGUGGCCAGCUCCCUGCUCAACCUAGGCCAGAUCAGCCCGGCCGAAGCCACACCUACCCAACAGCAGCCUGCCGUGGAUCCAGAGGCGGACAGUCAGGAGGUAGCAGAGCGCGACACCGUGGAGGAGCAGGCCGACAUGGAAGAGGAGGAGGAUGAAGAUGAAAGAGAAAGCACAGGAGAAGCACAGGAGAAAGGAAGAGUAACUGUGGAGCAGCUAGCAGAGGGCGCCAUCACCACUGGCAGCCCAGCUCAGGGAUUGGACAUUGAGUCACAGAGCGAGGCCCACAGGCCCACACCCCCAGAGGACUACACUUCCCAUAAGGCCGGAGCCUCCGUGGUCAUCGAGGUGCGGUCGGAGGAGUCGGAGAAAGACGAGGAUGAGGACGAGGACGGGGACGACGAGGAGGAGGACGAAGAUGACGACAGCCUCUCUCAGAAGUCGGUGGUGACAGACGAGUCCGAGAUGCCGAGCAGGUGA